UGUCUUGGCCCAAAGACCCGAGCAUGGAGUUCGCUAACGUGUCGUCUAGUCUGUUGGGCAACGUGUCCACCGCGCUGCGGGCGGAGGCGCGACUCUCCGCUGAAUCGCGUUUGCUGGGCUGGAAUGUUCCGCCGGAGGAGCUGCGUCACAUCCCAGAGCAUUGGUUGACGUAUCCGGAACCACCUGAAUCGAUGAACUACCUAUUGGGAACCCUCUAUAUAUUCUUUACACUGAUGUCAAUGCUGGGUAAUGGACUGGUCAUCUGGGUCUUUUCAGCGGCAAAAUCGUUACGCACUCCUUCGAAUAUUUUGGUUAUCAAUUUGGCUUUCUGCGACUUUAUGAUGAUGGUCAAAACACCGAUAUUUAUCUACAAUAGUUUCCACCAAGGAUACGCCCUAGGUCAUCUGGGGUGCCAGAUCUUUGGAAUUAUUGGCUCCUAUACAGGAAUUGCUGCCAGCGCCACGAAUGCUUUUAUAGCCUACGAUCGAUUCAAUGUGAUCACUAAGCCCAUGGAGGGCAAGAUGACACAUGGAAAGGCAAUUGCCAUGAUUAUCUUUAUCUAUAUGUACGCCACUCCUUGGGUGGUGGCCUGCUAUACGGAAACCUGGGGUCGUUUUGUGCCCGAAGGAUACCUGACCUCCUGCACCUUUGAUUAUCUAACCGAUAACUUCGAUACCCGCCUCUUUGUGGCCUGCAUAUUCUUCUUCAGUUUCGCGUGUCCAACAUCAAUGAUCGUAUAUUACUAUUCACAGAUUGUGGGUCAUGUGUUUAGUCACGAAAAAGCCCUACGAGAUCAGGCUAAGAAGAUGAACGUCGAAUCACUGCGUUCCAAUGUGGACAAAAGUAAGGAGACAGCUGAAAUCCGGAUAGCCAAAGCGGCCAUUACCAUUUGCUUUCUGUUCUUCUGUUCCUGGACACCAUACGGAGUAAUGUCGCUCAUUGGCGCUUUCGGGGAUAAAACCCUUUUGACGCCCGGUGCCACAAUGAUCCCAGCCUGUGCCUGCAAAAUGGUGGCCUGCAUCGAUCCGUUUGUGUACGCCAUAAGUCAUCCCAGAUACCGCAUAGAGCUGCAGAAACGAUGCCCCUGGUUGGCGCUCAACGAGAAAGCGCCAGAAUCGUCGGCUGUCGCCUCUACCAGCACCACCCAAGAACCACAGCAGACCACCGCCGCCUAAUGCAGGAUACAAAAAUCCCACCCACCAAAAAAAUGCUGACAAUGAUGAUGAACUGAAACGGCAACGAACUCGUAAUACAAAAUGCCAUGGAAAAAUUGUAUAAAUAUUUCACAGGAUAAAGUCCUGUGCAACGGUGCAAGAAGUAAAAAAUGUUUUUUAUUAUGAUUUGUAGUUACUUUUAUGUUGACAAACGAAAUAUAGUCGAAUUAUUGCAACCAAUGAAGAAAAACGUAAAAAAAAAGUAAUUUUAAU